UGUUCAUCAAUCAUUUCGCUUGGUCAGCUCUCCUGUGACAGGACCAAGACAAGAAAAUCGAACCUUGCGCGACCUUGUAUCAUCCCUACCCCUUUCAACUUGGACUUCAAACUCUAGGACAUCAUUCUCUAGGUUUCUCUUCCUCUCUCCCUCCGACUCGAUACGAUCUGACACACCCUCGCACUCAACCCAUCUUGUCGCCGCCUUGACCACAACUCUUCCUCUUCUUUCUUACCCUGGGACACUGUUUCCUCCUUUUUCUUCUUCUUUGUAUUGAGCAUACAGGUUUCCUUCAAUUCACGUCGAGACUCCCUAUCAUCUCAACCCCGGGCAUUCCAGCCCAUCACCGACCCACCCACCAGCAAUUAUGUCAAACUCAACUUCGACACCGCCUCUGACAACAGAUGCUGGACCUGAGGAGCAUCAUAGCGAUAGUUCUAAGCUGCGCAUCUUUAUAGGCAUCCUUAAAAAGUUCAUCGGUGUCGCCGAUCUCGCUUCCGUCCGCUUCUCUCUGCCCUCUCAGCUGCUCGAACCUACCCCCAACCUCGAAUACUGGAAUUACCUCGACGCCCCCAAUGCUUUCGUAGCCAUUGGCACCUCGGACGAUCCCCUCGAUCGCAUGCUGGAAGUCCUACGCUUUUGGUUCACCAAGGACCUCAAAUAUGCAAAGGGAAAACCAUGCAAGCCCUACAAUUCCUGCCUGGGCGAGUUCUUCAGGUGCAACUGGGACACCGAAGACAGUGCGCCGAGGAUUAGCACCAGAGACCUUGUGGCCGGCGGUAGUAGUGGUCCCGCGAGCGGUGCCUCCAGCGUCAAGUCCGGCAGGAAUGCUAUACCCGCUGGGCUCGGCUCCGGCGACUCGAGGGCCGCGUCCACCCUCUCCGUCCCGCAGACGGCCAAGAACCCGACCUCCUCGCCCGUGCGCGUGUCGUAUUUGACCGAGCAGACCUCCCACCACCCGCCCGUCAGCGCCUUCUGGGUCGACUGCCCCGACAAGGGUCUCUACGCCCGCGGCUUUGAUCAGAUCAGCGCCAAGUUCACCGGCACGUCCAUCAAGGUCAGCCCUGGCGAGCACAACCUGGGCAUUUUCAUUACCCUUGAGAGGCGCGACAACGAGACGUACCAGCUGAAGCACCCCGCCGCGCACCUGGGCGGCCUCUUCCGUGGUGCCCUCAGCGUGAGCGUCGGUGACAUGGCCUACAUCACUUGCCCCCAGACGAAGCUCAAGGCGAUCCUGAACUACUACGACGAGGGAUGGCUGAGGGGUUCCACCAACAAGAUGGAAGGGGUCGUCUUCAGAUAUGAUCCUGAGAACGACGACAAGACCAAGAUCAAAGAUGUUCCGGACCAAGACGUUUUGGUGCGGCUGAGCGGCGCCUGGAAAGACAAGAUCCAGUUCACAAUGGGACCGAAGCCAUUUGACUCCCAACCACAAGAGAAGCGCACCACGAUCAUCGACAUUGGGCCGCUCAGCGUUGCUCCCAAGUCUCUCCCACCCAUGGAGAAGCAGCUGCCGCACGAGUCGCUGAAACUCUGGAGCGGUGUCACCGAUGCCAUCAUGGCCAAGCAAUUCUCCAAGGCCACGACCAUCAAGCAGGAACUCGAGGAAGCUCAGCGGGAAAAGGCCAGGGAGAGGGAGAGGACCGGCUCCGAGUUCAAGCCCGCCUUCUUCGGACAGGUCACCGGCAACGGUGGAAAGCCCGAUCUGACGGAAAAGGGCCAGGAAGUGCUGCGACGGGCGCAGAAGGGUGACUGGAAUAUGGAAGGAGUCCUCACCUCAUAGAGGGGAUGGAGGAUUCGUGCGGCGGACGUGGUAUGCAGGCACAUUUUCAUCCGGCCAAAGACAUUUUACUCACUGUUUCUUGGUGAAUGAAUGCCUUUCUCCCCUGCCUUCUUUUGUUCUUUCCUUUGGGUCAUUCGUCAUCUGAUUGAUGAGAGGCGAGCUUUUCCCCGGUAGUGCACCGGCUCACUCUUUUAGAAUAUGCAUAGCUCUGGUUAGGGGUGGGGACGGUACGCCUUUUUCUCGUUUUUGGUUUUUCUUUCUAUUUCUUCAAACAUAUACAGCAGACAUCAGAUAUUUCGUUGUCACCAUGGGGAAAAGGGAAGGGUGGUUGGGAGGAUAGGGAGGGGAUGAGGAUUUUCCGGCCUCGCUGGACAGUCAUGCUUGGUAGAUAAGUACACUUGCAGGUUAGGCACAGACGCCUACACGCCCCAACACGCACACGUACAGGCAACGCAUUACAUUACUUCAGAGAGAAGAGGAAGAGAGAGAGAACGAGAAACACAUACAUACACAUGGGCGUUUCGGCUUAGAAAGAGGAUAGGCUAAAUCACAACAGCACCGAC